ACCCACGGUGACUCAAAGCAGCCACAGGAUGGCCCGUCCCUGGCAUACAUCUCGCGCAUGCUCAUGGAGGAUGACAUCGUCGACAAGUUCUCGUACCAGUACCCUGAUCACCCUAAGCUCCUGCAGGCUGAGCAACCCUUUGCCCAGAUCCUCACCGCCACUGCCUCCACCUCACCCAAUGCCGAGGAGUCAUCGGCAUCCAACACGAUUUCUUCUGCCUUGAUGCUCAGCAAGGUACAAGAUCCAUCCUUCUUCUCGAAUGGGACAGACGCAGUGGGACCCAGCAGUACCUUUUUUUCCAUAGAGAGCAGCACCAACAUGAACAAGAUGUCGAGCAUGGCAUUCUUCAAAGGCAUGGAGCAGGCCAAAAUGUUCUUGCCCAGUGACAAUUUGAUGGUGGAUGGUAGGGGGCAGAAGAAAAGGUUUGACAUGGAUGGUGAAACAGAGGCAGGCAUGGACAGGAGCAGCAAGCAAAUAGCUAUGACACAUACUGACUUGGAGGACACCGCGCUCAAGAAGAUGGACCGGCUCAUCCUCAAUGAAUACGAUGGGUACCGCGGUGAGAUGCACGAGGAACUUAUUACUCUGGACAACGAGAACAAGGCAGCACAACAGAGCAUCCGCAUGCGUGGGAGACGCAGUGCGAAGAAGACAAUGGUGACUGACUUCGAAACUCUGCUGAUACGAUGUGCCGAAGCAGUGUCCAGCAAUGACCGGGGGAGUGCGAGCGAGCUGUUAAUGCGGAUCAAGCGGCACUCCUCGCCGUCAGGGGAUGCUAGACAGCGGCUGGCUCAUUACUUUGCCCAGGGGCUGGAAGCACGGAUGGCCGGCACGGGGAGCCAGCUCUACCACUCACUCAUUGGGACGCGCACCUCCACCUUGGAGCUCAUCAAGGCCUACCAUCUGCACAUGGCCACCUGCAGCUUCCUCAAGGUGGCACUCAUCUUCUCCAACUAUACCAUCUACAACGCUGUUGCAGGGAGGAGGAAACUACACAUUGUCCACUACGGCAUCAACACAGGGUACCAGUGGGCGAGGUUGAUCCGGCGGCUGGCAGAUAGGGAGGGUGGGCCACCGGAGGUGAGGAUCACCGGCAUCAACAGGCCUCAGCCUGGGUUCCGCCCGGCUGAGCUAAUCGAGGAGGCAGGGCAUCGGCUCAGCAAAUAUGCAAGGAAGUGUGGGGUGCCAUUCAAAUUCCAUGCUGUAGCAGCCCAGCCGGAGGCUGUCCGGGCUGAGGACCUCCACAUCGAUCCCGAUGAGGUGCUGGUCGUGGACAGCCUAUUCGAUUUCAGGACCUUGAUGGACGAGAGCCUCACCUUUGACAGGGUAAACCCAAGGGACGUGGUGCUCAACACUAUCAGGAUGAUGAAGCCAUCCGUGUUUGUGCAUGCCAUUGUCAAUGGAUCAUACAGUGCAGCGUUCUUCAUGACACGGUUCCGCCAAGCGAUGUACUUCUUCACAGCGUUGUUCGACGUGAUGGAGACCACCUUUCCACGGGACAACGCCAAGAGACUUCUGCUGGAGCGGGACAUUUUUGCUCGGUCUGCCGUGAACAUGAUCGCCUGUGAAGGCACGGAAAGGGUGGAGCGCCCUCAGAACUACAGAGAGUGGCAGGCGCGGAACCAACGUGCCGGGAUGAGGCAGCUGCCACUGGAUCCUGAUAUUUUACUGAUGCUCAAGGAGAAAGUCAAGAAUCAGUACCACAAGCAUUUCAUGAUCAAUGAGGAUCAAGGUUGGCUUCUGCAGGGAUGGAAAGGCCGGGUGCUAUAUGCCCUCGCGACAUGGACAGCUGAUGAUACUAGUGGUCCUGUGUGACGUAGAUCGAUAUAAAUAACAAUGGGUAUACGGCUGAUCUCGUGUUUGUCAUGUAUGGCAUUUCAUCAGUGUUUCAUACGUGUUAGUCUGUUGAA